UAGACCUGGAAAGGGCCCACAAAAUCUAGUAUAAAAGUACCCUUUUGGAUCUAGUAUUGUCAUCAUUCUUAAGAAAAAAAGAAGCGAUCAAACGUAGCUAGUAAUAUCUCAACCAUGAAUUUCCAUAUCAUCAACUCUCAUGCAUUCAACAAGAAGAAGGUUGUGUUCAUAAUGGGAGCAACCGGCACCGGAAAAACCCGGCUCUCUCUUGAUCUCGCCGCUCAUUUCCCGGCUGAGAUCAUCAACUCCGACAAAAUCCAAGUCUACAAGGGACUUGACAUUGUCACCAACAAAGUCUCCGAGAUGGACCGGCGAGGGGUGGCGCACCACUUGCUAGGGGAGGUGGACCCUGAGACCGACUUCAUGGCUCGCGACUUCUGUUUGCACGCGCUCAAGGCUAUCGACAUGAUAGUGAGGAGUGGGAAGGUUCCGAUCGUCAUUGGCGGAUCGAAUUCGUACAUUGAAGCAUUGGUGGAGGAGCAUUUCUUCAAGUUCAAGAGGCGGUAUGAUUGUUGCUUUCUUUGGGCGGAUGUUGUGUUGCCCGUUCUGAACUCGUUUGUUUCCAAACGAGUUGACGAAAUGGUCUCUGCAGGACUAGUUGAGGAGGUACGAGGAAUGUUUAUGCCCGGGGCCGACUACACUCGGGGCAUUCGACGGGCGAUCGGGGUUCCAGAAUUGGACAGCUACUUCAGAGCCGAGAUGAUGGUGAAGAUGGACGAGAAGAGCAAGGAAGUGUUGCUCAGAGCCGCCAUCGACGAGAUCAAGACCAACACUCACAAACUGGUCCUGAGCCAGUCGGCCAAGAUCCAGCGGCUGAAGAUAGAGCUCGGUUGGCUCAUGCACCGCCUAGACGUGACCCCAGUGUUCGAGAAGUGCGGCGAUGAGGCCGACCGCGAGUGGGAGAAGGUCGUGCUGGGGCCGAGCUUGGAGAUUGUGGGUGAAUUCCUCAAUGGAAAUUGAGGAUUUCCUUUGUUGGAAUUGGUUCUUAAUU